AUGAGUGAGCCGUAUAGUCUGCCGAUUGUCACAAUGAAUAGCCGGGACGGGGUUCUUCUUGAGAUCAAGCGUGAUUUCCGGAUAAAGGUGGUGAAACGCGAUGACUUCUUUGUAGAGGCCCGUGAUAUAGCUAGUAGCUCUGCCCCAGUGGAAGAUGAUUCCAUGACCCCUGCUAUGCGAAUUCGAAUGCCUCCACAGCCGCACUUGCUGCAUGCACGUUCAGAGUCCUCAUGGCCUCCGCGUACUAUUUUAGCCUUGGCUAGAAGCAACAUGACUUGUCAACGCCUUCUGGAGCCGGCCUGGCUUCAUGACCAGGCGGACGAGGCGUUGGGUCACCUGUGUGCUUGUUCAGCGGCGUUUGGCGAUAACUUCAUUGGUGUAAUCCACGCUAAUCUAUGCCUUUGCGCAGUGGAGGUUGGUUUCAUUGGGCCUCUGUAUGGCCACUCCUAG